UUUGUAAACAUUGUGGGAUGCUGACUCGGGAGAACAAAGCCUCCUUGAUAACGGCAAACCCCCUUAUUUCUCAGUUUCCUGUCUGAUGCUUUUGGUAAAUCCUAUUUAUUGUUGUUGCUGGGUUCUUCCAUUUGUACAAUGAGUCUGGAAAUUCCGCUCAGCCGGAUAACCUACCUGUUCUCUGUGUACUCUGACAGGCUGCCCGUAUUUAAUAUUCAGGCACAGGCCCAAGGCAAGACUGGGCCCAAGUAUAAAGAAGCCUUUCAAUGAGGACACAAUGCUGUGAACCUAAUGGCCGACGCCCUUUUGAGUGAACUAUUCCCUAAAAUGACUAUUGUCAGUAGACACACCUGGCUGCUUUUGUGUCCUGUGACAAGACUCCGGGGGCUGUAUGUAUCAAGCAUCUCAGACUAGGAGUGCGGACCAAGAUUAUUUCCAGCAACAUCAAACUGUUUUAGAGACUGACGGACAGGGUCUGAUAGUGCUCCAGUUCUCCCUGUCAGAAUAAGCAACAGAGGACUUGGAAACCAUAUCAACUCCUGCAGAAAUGGAACUAUGGUUGUUGCUUUGGCUUGGCCUGGUUCUGAUCCUCCCAUCUUCGCUGGCGGCGGACGAAGCGUUGUCGCUGCUGCAGGACUGGCAUGACGUGUGGCUGUUCCGUUUCUUCCUCAACGUGCUGGGCUAUACCACCAUCAUCAUCCCCGGCUACUUCCUCAUCACCUACUUGAAGAGGAUCAACUACCUCCAAACAGGUGUGGAUGAUCUACAAACUGGCCGAGGCAUUUUCUAUCCUGUCAUAAAGGCCUGUGUGUUUGGAAGUGAAACGAAGACAGGUCUCCUAGACGACGUGUCGCUAGCUCCCAGAAAUGAUGCGGACUCGGGCUCGUCGGCCAGACAAGCCUUCAAGUUAGUCUUCUGCGCUGCAGGACUUCAGGUGUCCUACCUGACAUGGGGUGUCCUACAGGAGAGGGUGAUGACUCGCUCGUACGGGGCUUCCACCCCCGAGGAGGAGGGCGAACACUUCAAGGACUCCCAGUUCCUGGUGUUCAUGAACCGUAUCCUGGCACUGACCGUGUCAGGCCUGUGGUGUGUCCUGUUUAAGCAGCCUCGCCACGGCGCACCCAUGUACAAGUACUCAUUUGCCUCGCUCUCCAACGUCCUCAGCAGCUGGUGCCAGUACGAGGCCCUCAAGUACAUCAGCUUCCCCACCCAGGUGCUGGCCAAGGCUUCUAAAGUGAUCCCUGUCAUGCUCAUGGGCAAGAUUGUGUCACACAAGAGCUACGAGUACUGGGAGUACCUGACAGCGGCACUCAUCUCUCUGGGUGUCAGCAUGUUCUUGUUGACGAGCACGGCAGAUAAGCACCCAUCUACGGUCACAACGUUCAGCGGCGUGGUCAUCUUGGGUGGCUACAUAGUCUUCGACAGCUUCACGUCCAACUGGCAGGACAACCUGUUCAAGCACAAGAUGUCAUCUGUGCAGAUGAUGUUCGGGGUCAACCUCUUCUCCUGCCUCUUCACCGUGGGCUCGCUGCUGGAGCAGGGCGCCUUCUUCGACUCGCUGGCCUUCAUGACGCGCCACUCGGAGUUCGCAUUCCAUGCUGUGCUGCUGUCGGUGUGCUCGGCGUGCGGCCAGCUCUUCAUCUUCUACACCAUCGCGCAGUUCGGUGCCGCCGUCUUCACCAUCAUCAUGACCCUGCGGCAGGCCAUCGCCAUCCUGCUCUCCUGCUUCCUGUACGGCCACGCCGUCACCAUGGUGGGGGGCUUUGGCAUGGCUGUGGUCUUCCUCUCCCUCUUCCUGCGUGUCUACGCCCGCAGCCGCAUGAAGGCGGGACGCAAGGUACCGCAGCCACAGGUGCAGAAGGUCUAGGAGGAGGAAUUGGAGGGAACUGGAAAAUGAACUAAAGCCACGUUUUCGGUGGUGCUUUUUCUCGUCUGUGUGUCCAGUUUGACUUUUUAAGUGUUGCUUUUAUGGGUUUCUACUUGUAUAGAAAAGGUACAGAAAGGGAUUUAAUGCCUUUUAAAGGUGUUUGACUUGACACGAACUGAGCUGUUGUCGGAGGUCAUUCGGCUAAAACAAUCAGCAGUCACAGGCGUUUUAAAUUACACGGCAACCGUCGCUUGUCCAUUUGUGUAUCUGAAACCCAGCUCAAAAGCAUACCACAUUGGCAUGUGAAAUGUAAAUAACUGAUAAUGGCUGACGCCUUUUGAUUUCUGCUUCCAUGAUAUGCUUCUGGAGCAGCACUCGGAACAUCAAUUUGACAUUUGAGGUGUAGUGUUGGCGUUAGUGCUAGUACAUGAGCUGUGUACUGCAAGACUCCAGCUCUUGGUAAUGUAACAUUGCGAAUGGCACCAUAUUACGUGGUUUAUAAGGCCUCUAUGAAAAGUUACUUUGACAGUGAGAGAACAUGAGAUAUUGUGGUGAGCGGAGCAGGGGAUCAUAUCUGUUUAGAUACUAUACCAAUUUUUUUUUUAAACGAUGUCAUUAUUGCAUUCUACUUUUUGGACAUGGCAUGAGACAAAUGUUAGGUGAUCAUUACUAGUCAAUGAUCAGGUAAUUCUGUUUGAAUAUUUUAUUUCUUCUGUAUAAAGAUGAUUCACUUUGGGCAGUGUUCUGACUUGAGAUCUGCCCACUUAACUUACGUUUUCGCAGAAGUCUGUCGUUGACAUGAAUGAAGGAUUUACGCGGACAUUUGAGCUGUGCAAACGCAGAUCUCAAGUCAAAAUACAGAUCAUAGAAAGUUGAUGUUUUUUGUCCCUCGUGGCUUACCAGAGUAUGUCUGAUAAGGAAUGUUACUGAUCGUGUCCCCACAGAGAGAACUAAACCAUUUUCCUCACAGUAUCAUAAGAAUAAAUGCGCAGCUUACCAGCAAACCAUCAAAAAUAACUUUGCAGCAGUUAAUGUUCUAUAUUAUAUGGACCUGGAACUGUGUCUGUCACCAACACAGUGCCUAUGGAAAGUAUUCAGACCACUUGACUUUUUCCACAUUUUGUAACGUUACAGCCUAUUCUAAACUGUAUUACAUAGUUUUUUUCCCUCCUCAAUCUACACACAAUUCCACCAUAAUGUCAAAGCAAAAACUAGUUUUUAGAAUUGUUUGCAAAUGUAAUUAAACAAAAUAUUAUAUUUGCGUAAGUUUGCAGACCCUGUUCAUUCAUGCACCUGAGCUCAACUUCGAGUCUCAUAGCAAAGGGUCUGCAUACUUGGGUAAAUAAGGUAUUUCUGUUUUUAAAGUUGUAUAAAUAAGCAAACAUUUCUAAAAACCUGUUUUCGCUUUGUAAUUAUAGGGUAUUGUGUGUAGAUUGACGAGGGAAAAAAACAAUUGAAUCAAUUUUAGAAAAAGGCUAACGUGACUGUGGAAAAAGGCUAACGUGACUGUGGAAAAAGGCUUUGGAUCCGAAUACUUUCCGAUGCAUGGUGUGUGUUCGGCCAACAGAUGCUUAUUCAAGAUGCCCAUCUUAUUUUUAAAUAGGACACACUAACGUUGGGUCAUGCAAAAGACAAUUUACUGUCAAAUGCCAGCAAGAGUUGCAGCCAGACGGAAUUAUUUGAACAUUCAGCCUGCACAAUUAUUUGCUCUCUGCUUUGUUAGUUUAGGAUUCAACUCAGCAAACCAUAGUGACAUAUUUGAUUAGCAUAAAUGCCAUCAAUCUUUAUGCUGUAUGUUAAAAGUUUUGUGGCAUUAAUUUAGUGGCCUGGCUGACCCAGGAAGUGUUUAUGGAGAGGGAAGGACUUCCAGUUUGCCUAGCCAGGCAAAUGAAUCGGUGCUAUGUAUAUAAACUAAUUAUCAUUAAUUGAUACACUAUAUGUUUGUAUACAGUACCAGUUAAGUUUGGACAAACGUACUCAUUUGAGGGUUUUACUUAAUUGUUUAUUAUUUUCUACAUUGUAGAAUAAUAGUGAAGACUUCUAAACUAUGAAUUGACACUACCAUUCAAAACUUUGUGGUCACUUAGAUAUUUACUUGUUUUUGAAAGAAAUGCAAAAAAUGUUUGUCCAUUAAAAUAACAUCAAAUUGAUCAGAAA